AUGUAUUAUUUGUUUUGUACUUCCUCAGCCAUAGAUAAAAUUCGCCAGUAUAAUUGUGCCUUCUCAUUCAUCACUUUCAGUGCCAAAGUUCAGAAUAUUCCUACACGUGGACCUUAUUGCUUCAAGAUCGGUGACACGGUUCAUCAUUUAAUAAGUUCUCUUGAAAAUCAGCGAUUAGGUGGACAGGUCUAUAUUCUGGAUUUAGAAGAAGCUUACAAUGUUAGAUCAUCGCAUCAAGCCAAUUCAGGCUUAAAACGUGAGCUAAUGAACAUGUUACAUGAAGAAUUUCUCACUAUAAACCCAUACGCGAGAACUUAUAAAAACAUGUCAAUUAUCCAACAACGAGAGGAAGAAAUGGCACGUUUGCUUGGAUCACCAAUCAAAGUCUAUGGAAUUGAGUUUUUCACUGAUUCAAAUGAUAAUCGAGGCCGUGGAAAUUUGCCAAACAUCUCAGAAAUCGCUGCAGUUUUUGAGACUGAUGAAGGUACGCCACCAAAUAGUCGAAAUUUGAGAGUAUAUCCUGUAGGCGAAGCUCCUAGAAUAAUCUCACAUUUAAGUCCUCACCUUGAUCCUAUGGCAUAUCCUAUCAUUUGGCCUUAUGGGCAACAAGGUUGGUCCCCUUUUUUGAUUCAUAAUAAUUCCCGCAGAACUUCAACUCGAACAAAACUCACUUUGAGAGAGUUUGCCUGUUAUAGAUUUUCAGACAGAGAAAAUCACUUCAAUGCGGCGAAUCAUUGUGGUAAAUUAACUCAACAACUUUACGUGGAUAUUUAUGUAAGGUACGAAGGACUCAGACUAUUUUGGAUCAGAAAAAAUCAGGACAAACUUCGCGUUGAAACAUAUGCUGGGUUAUUAGAUUUCGUUUCAGGAACUUCUGAAGCACAAAGUUCAAGAGCUGGUCGCAGAGUAAUUCUACCAUCUUCUUUCACUGGAAGCCCUAGAAAUAUGUUCACAAGGUACCAGGAUGCAAUGGCAGUGGUGAGACAUUGUGGUAAGCCAGAUUAUUUUAUAACCAUGACCUGCAAUCCAAAUUGGCCUAAAAUCACUGGAUCAAUUUUACCAAAUGAGAAAUGGUUCGAUCGUCCAGACAUUACUGUUCGUGUUUUCAACGGAAAAGUGGAAGAAAUGAAAAAUUUACUAUUGAAAAAUAAAAUAUUUGGUCAAGUAACAUCUUUGAUUUGUGUAAUAGAGUUUCAAAAACGUGGUUUGCCACAUUUACACUUACUACUCAAUGUUUCAAAUCACUGUAAGCCAAGAGAAAUUGAACAAAUUGAUUCUGUUGUUUGCGCUGAAAUUCCUGACCCAGUAGCAGAUCCUGAGCUAUUCAACUUGGUAACUUCUCAUAUGAUCCAUGGUCCGUGUGGUAUUGUAGAUAACUCUUCUCAAUGUUUGGACGAUGAAGGUAACUGUACAAAAAAAUUUCCAAAACCAUACCAGGAGCAAACUCAGAUCAGUGAAAGGGGUUAUCCUCUCUAUCGACGCCAGAACACCAAUCAAAGAUACCCACACAGGACGGGUGGGGUCACUGUCGAUGUAGAUAACAGCUGGGUUGUUCCAUAUAAUAAAUUUCUUAUCAAGUAUUUCAAGUGCCAUAUAAAUGUGGAAAUUUGUUGUACCAUCAAAGCGAUGAAAUAUUUAUACAAAUAUGUUUACAAAGGUUAUGAUCAAUCAAACAUACGAGUAAUAAGUGAGGAUGAAAAUGGGGUUAUUGAUGAAAUUGAUACGUUUCUCAAAUCAAGAUACGUUGGCCCGACUGAAGCUGCUCAUCGUCUAUUUGCUCUUCCAAUGUACUUCAAUACACAUACAGUAGUAUCCUUACCAGUGCAUCUCCCAAAUCAACACUUCAUAACUUUUCAGGACACAAAUGAAUUAAACGCAGCAGCAGCAGCAACCAGACACACCAAACUAACAGCUUGGUUUGAAUUGAACAAUCUUUAUGAUGAUGUUCCUAUUUAUCCUCAAGUGCCGACUCAAUUUGUUUGGUUUGAUAAUAAGUGGAAUAAAAGAGUUUACAGUGUGAGUGACGUUAUUGGAAGACUACACAUUGUCCCACCAAAUCAAUCUGAACGAUUUGCACUUCGCUUACUUUUAUUGAAUGUAGCUGGAGCUAAAAGCUUCAUUGAUUUACGAACACACAACAAUGAAAUUCAUGGAUCAUUUCAGUCUGCAGCCAGAUCACGUGGAUUAAUCGAAGAUGAUAGUGAGUGGGUAAAUUGUCUCCAGGAGUUGGUAACUGUUUGUUUUCCAAAACAACUGAGAGAAACUUUUUCUUACAUUUUGUUAUUCAGCAAUCCUGCAAAUGCUAAAGAACUUUUCGAACAAUUCAAAUCACACUUUUGUGAAGAUUUUCUUAGAGAAUUCAAUCAACAAGUUUCUGAAAAACUUGCCUUGGAUCAUAUUCAGAGCAUUCUCGAUGUUCAUCAAAAGUCUUUACAUGAAUUUGGAAUAGAACAUCACAAUAAUAAUGCCUCGGAUAUACAUGUUCCUAUGAGCUCAAGUCGAAGGCAAUCUUACUUGAAUGAGUCAAUUAAUUUUUACAAUAGUGCCAACAAUGAACAAAAAUUUUGUAUUGAUACCAUUCUCAAAACUAUCGAAAACACCAACCCCGAUACAUGGUCUAAGGCUUAUUUCAUCGAUGGUCCAGGUGGGACUGGUAAAACAUCAAUAUAUAAUUAUUUGAUAAAACAUUUAACCGCCAAUAACAAAACUGUCGUUGCUGUAGCUUGGACAGGUACUGCUGCGACAUUAUUGGUGAAUGGUAGGACUUCACAUUCCAGGUUUGGCCUACCACUAAACCUAAAUGAAACCUCCGUAUCUUCUAUCUCAGCUCAAAGUCAUAAGGCUGAAAUUUUGAGAUCAGCUGAACUUAUUCUCUGGGAUGAAGCUUCAAUGAUACCUAAUACAGCGCUCAAGAUAGUUAAUGAUCUAUUCAAAGAUAUUAUGUCAUCUGAAAAACCGUUUGGGGGUAAAACGAUUGUUUUAGGUGGUGAUUUUCGACAAAUAUUGCCAGUUUGUCCUCAUGGGGCAAAAUUCCGACCCUGA